ACUGCAAUAAGGACAAAGAGUCCCAGUGGUUGACACAUAGCCAUAAGUUUUGUUACAUGGGUCAUCGUCGAUUCUUGGAUAGAGAUCAUAGGUAUAGACAUGAUAAAAGGAACUUUAAUGGAAAGCUGGAGUUGAGAGAGGUGCCGAAACAACUAUCUGGAAAUGAAGUGUUAGCUCAAGUGAGCAAAAUUAACAUAAUAUUUGGAAAGAAGUCUGAUACCAAAGUUGGAAAGAAGAGAAAUCGAGACAAUAAUAAGGAAAAGGGAAAGGCAUCUUGUUGGAAGAAGAGAAGUAUUUUCUUCGAUUUACCAUAUUGGGCAGGUAAUAUGUUGCGUCACAGCCUUGAUGUGAUGCACAUCGAGAAGAAUGUAUGCGACAAUGUUCUUGGGACGUUGUUGAACAUCGACAGGAAGACAAAGGACAAUGUGAAGUCUCGUCUGGAUCUCCAAGAAAUAAAGAUAAGACAAACACUUCACCCAAAGCAGAGACCAUCAGGCAAAACAUAUUUGCCCCCUGCAUGCUUUACAAUGGCGAAUAAGGAGAAGGAUGAUUUCUGCAGAGUCAUAAAGAACAUGAAGGUACCAGAUGGCUAUGCGAGUAAUAUCUCACGAUGUACCAAUCUCAAAAUGAAGAAGAUUUUAGGACUCAAGAGCCAUGACACUCAUGUUUUGAUGCAACAAAUACUUUCGAUCGCCGUGCGAAGGACAUUACCUCCAAACGUGAGCUCAAUCCUAAUUGAAUUAAGCGGAUUCUUUAGAGAUUUGUGUUCCAAGGUUGGCCGGAUGCAGGAUUUCAAGUUUCUUGAAUCUCAGAUUGCUUUAACACUUUGCCAUUUAGAGAGGAUCUUUCCACCGUCAUUCUUUGAUAUCAUGGUGCAUUUGCCUAUACAUUUAGCCAGCGAGGCAAUGUUAGCCGGGCCAGUACAGUACCGCUGGAUGUACCCAAUCGAAAGGUACCUACAGAGACUAAAGUCCUACGUUCGAAACAGAAGUCGGCCAGAGGGUUCGAUUGCAGAGGGGUACCUAGCUGAAGAAUGCCUAACAUUCUGCUCUCGGUACUUACAUGGUGUUGAGACAAGAUUCAACAGACCGGUUCGAAAUGAGGACUUUAGGGAUGCGGCAGUAGGUCGUCCAUUGGGAAAGAUUGACGUGUUUAUUAUCGAAUAUGUUGAUAGGACACAGGCACAUAGAUAUGUGUUGUUCAACACCAAUGCGGUCGCACCAUUCAUUGAUGAACACAGGAAAGUGAUUAAGAAGGAGAUGCCCCGAAGAGCACCGAGGCUCCUAGAACGCAUCCACAAUGAAAAGUUUCCAGAUUGGCUUGGGAAGCAUGUGGACCAUGUUGGGAAUGAUCAAGUUCCGAAAGAAGUUAGAAGCCUGGCUCGGGGCCCUAACACUGUUGCAAGAAGAUUUAAAGGAUACAUCAUUAAUGGUUUCAGGUUUCGUACAAGAGACCGUGAGAGAGACUUGAAAACACAGAAUAGUGGAGUUGUAGUGACGGCAAAGACAUCAAGCUUCGCAAGUACAAGUGAUAGAAACCCUGUUAUAGGGGAUGUGGAUUACUAUGGUGUUUUAACAGACAUUAUCGAGUUGGAUUAUUGUGGGUCCAAGAAAGUUGUAUUAUUUAGGUGUGAUUGGGUGGAUGUAAGAACUCAGGGCAGGGGAAUCAAGAAGGAUGAAUUUGGGUUCACGCUCGUGAAUUUCAAACAAUUAUGGCAUACUGGUCGGAACCUGUAUGAUGAACCAUAUGUCUUAGCAACCCAAGUACAACAGGUAUUCUAUGUCCCCGAUCCUAUUGAUCGUGAUUGGCAUGUUGUUAUCAGGUCAAAGCCAAGGGAUUUGUUCGAAAUGGGCAUGAAUGAUUCGUUUGUUGAUAAUGAUACAUACCUUCAGAGCUUGCCUUGCAUUAAUCAUACAUUGGAAGCGACUAUGCUUGCCAAUGAUGAUAAUGUGAGUUGGGAUAGGACGGAUGUGGAGGGAAACGAAGUUAACACUCCACAAAACUUAUUUAAAUUGAUUAAAGAGGACCACGAUUCUAGGUCGGAAUCUGAUGAUUAGGUAUUGAUGCCUAACACAAAUGUCAUGCAUGCUUCUUCUUUUUUUAUGCUCACAGUUAUUUGGUUAACACCAAUCUCAUUACAUAUAUUAUUUUCAUAUUGUGAAGGAAAUGAAGAUGUCAACCUCCGACCAUCAUCAUUGGAGCUUUAUUGACUCGGACCCGACCACCAGCCAGGUCAGACAGAGUUCAGAUAGUUCAGCACCGACUCCGGAGGGUGGUAUUCAUAAUAGACGAUUUCGAGGCCCUACAGUUAUCAGCGAGGUGGCGAACUUGUCACCCAAUAAGCAGCUGAAUAUAAGUUGGAAUAAGUAUGGGCAGCCUAUUGGACACAAGUACAACGAAUUUACAAGGUGGUUGGGCAUUUUAUCUAGGAAUGGGCGCGUAGCGCCUCUUGAUCACGAUAGUUGGCAUCAUGUGCCACUUUCUAACAAGAACGAGAUUUGGAAUGAAGUGAAGAUCAAGUGGAAUAUCGACGAGGAGCGUCGAAAUUGGGUAAUGAAAUCCAUCGGAGCUUCAUGGAAGGAGUGGAAGAAAAGGUUAAGAAAAGAACACUACAACCGGUAUUUGACUAAUGAGGAACGAAUAGCUCACUGUCCUGAUCGAGUGGAGCCAACACACUGGAAAUGG